ACAAGCUGCGAUCGAAGAAAUGUGAACAGAAAGAGGUGUUCAGAAGUGCAGAAGUGUUCAGCUCAGAUACCGAACAGGAAGGAGUGUUACAGAGAACCUACAAGGGCAUCAAAGGAACAUUUACUCAGGUCAACAACGAAAGGAAAAAUGUUAAUGUAAACAAGUUUGUGUAUUAAGGCAAAAAUAGCUUGUCAAGAUGGAGAGGCAGGAUGAUGCAAAUGGGGACCAAGAAAGUUGCCCGACAAACGAGAAUCUUUCCACAGGGGUUGUCUCAGUUCAUAAUUCAGGUGCCAGCGCGAGAUCAGUAACAGACAGGAACCUGCUUUCCCGAAGUCUCUCCUUCAAACUGAGACAUCGGCCUUCGCGACAAUGCUCUAAAACACUACCGCUAGAAGGAUCACCUGAGAACUUGUUCAGACAAUGGUCAGGGACAAUGACCUUUCCAAAAGCAAAACACUCCGAAGAGGAAACACUUCCCUCAAUCAAGUCAACAACUAUUUCUUGUCCAUUGCCUAACCGGUCACCUUCUAGUCGACCCCAAACAGCUAUUGACUGGGACGCCAUUAGUGAUGUGGUUGCCAAUGACGCCACGUGUCACAAGGCUGCUAUGGACGCGGUGCAGUAUAAGAAUGUGGGUGGAAUCUUUGUACACACUGAUAAAUACGCGGCAGGGCGAUUCACCAAACAUUUCAACCAUUCCCCACCUCCUUCAGAAGAGACUUUGAUAAUAACGCCUGAUGGUGCGAGCCAUCGGGCCGACUACGCGGUCAAGAGAACUCGUCACGUGGCUUGGGGGUUAAAGACUGACAUGGAUACGCCUGGAAAAGAUGGACAAAAUCGGAAAGUUGGUUUUGUAACGCCAGCCAGUCAUACCGUAAGGGGCGAGAGCAAUUGUCUAACUAAACCACGUUUCAUAUCGAGUAAAAACAAAGUCGAUCAUAUCAACGUAAGCUGGAAAAUGUCCCAAGCAGACGGAUUGAAAGGGAGUGCGAAACAUGAGCGGCGUCCGGGUCGCUUGUGUAAAAGCGUUCUUCCGGUGACGAUAGGUGUGGACUACAGGGGGACAUCUGUGUCCAAAACCAAGUGGCUUGUACCCACUCUACCAACACACGAUCCUUCCCAAGUUUGGUUUAAGUGUUUGAAUUUCGUCAAACAGCGAAAGACUAUGUGGUGAAUGAGUCGAAUGAGCGUUCGGGAAGAAAACCCAGUUUUCAUCUGUGCGUGGACUCUAUUUUAACACUGUCACCGGUGGAUUGUCUACAAGGCAAAACUGUGUUUAGUAUUCCUAUGAUGAAACGCACUAAAUAACCAUUGAACAUUUAAAAAAUGUUCUUUUUGUUUAUUUAUGGGAGUGUCUAGUGCCUUCAACAGUGAAACUGCACCAUUCUCUGUAUUCGCUCGAUCGCUUACAGCUUGUUUAAAAUCACUAUGUUCUAAAACUGGAAAGGUUCAUAGUGGAGUCUAGCAUAAAACGUGAGUGAGUGAGUGCUUGGGGUUUAACGUCGUACUCAA